AAUUCCCAACCAUGCCCGAAGCCAUCAAGCACCAAGAGUCCCUCGAGCACGUCCGGUUCGCCAAAACGCAGCACCUCUGGGCCCUCGGCGUCGGCACGGUCAUUGGCGGCGACUUUUUCGGGUGGCAGGCCGGCCUUAGCGCCGGCUUCCUCGGGUACCUCAUCAACCUCGGCAUCGCGUCCCUCUUUUACAUGCUGCUGGCGUUUUCAAUCGCCGAGCUCUCGACCGCGAUUCCGUGCGGGGGUGGCCCGUACGUCUUUGCCCAGCGGGCGUGGGGCCCCGGCGCAGCCUACUUUGCGGGCCUCGCCGAGGCACUCAAGGUCGUUGUCGUCGUCGCGAUCGCUUGCUCGGCCAACUCGGGCUAUAUGAACGAAGUCCUCGGACUCAGCUCGAGCGUGAGUCCGCUCUGGUGGGUUUUAUUUUGCGGCAUUUUCGUGCUCCUCAACAUUGGCGGCGUCGCGAUGAGCUUCAACAUCCAAGUGGUCGCGACGUGCCUUUCCGUGCUGUUUCUGGUCAUCUUUUAUAUUGGCGCCGCCUUUCACGUGGAUUACGACAAGUGGAUUGUGGCCGAAAACUGGGAGUUCCAAGGCGGCGUCGGCGGCCUCUUCAGCGGCUUCUCGUUCGCCAUGUGGUUCUUCUUUGGGAUCGAAGAGCUCCCGCUCGCGGUCGAAGAGACGAUCGACCCGGCGACGCACAUGCCCCGGGGCAUCAUCCUCUCGUUCGUCUCGCUGUGCACAUUGGCGUUCCUCACGCUCUUUUUCAACACGGCGAUUGCACCGGGCGCCGUCGGCAUUAUGACCUCGCUCGCGCCGCUCUUUGAAGGCUACAAGACCAUCUUUGGCGACACGAGCGCGGUCCGCGGCGUCUCGGUGCUGCUCAUCAUCGGCCUUCUCUCGAGCUUCCACUCGUUCUUGUACGCGAUGGGCCGCCUCCUGUAUGCAAUGGCGCGCGAAGGCAUUCUCCCGAGCGCCCUCGCCAAGCUGCACCCGACGCGCCACACGCCGCACGUGGCUCUGCUUUCGGGCACGUCUCUGGGCCUCCUCCUCGCCAUCGUAUUGCACUUUACGAUUGGCGACGCCGUCAUGACCGCUGUGCUCAUCAACCUCUCGCUCAUUGGCGCGCUCGUGUCGUACGCCUUUCAAAUGUCGUCGUUCAUUAAGCUCCGGUGGUCCGCACCCGACAUGGAGCGUCCGUACAAGUCGCCGUUCGGCUUGCCGGGUGCUGUUGUUUGCUUUCUCAUGGUGUUUGUGAUUCUGGCGUCCAUCGUGUACCAAGGCGCGCAGUCGUCCGACUUUCUCGUCUCGAUCGUCGCCGCGGCCGUCUACUUUGCCAUUGCUGGCAUCGUGUACGUCUACCGCGUUCAGCGGUCGACGAGCACGGUCACGAGCGACAGCGGGUCGCUCCAAGACAACCUCAUGUCGCCGUCGGUCGAGUCCUUUCCCGCGUCGAACGCUGCGUAG